AAAUUAUUAUUAUUAUUAUUAUUAAACUACUUAUAAUCAAUGACAUUUCUUUUGGAGUCUGACAAAGCUAAAUCAGUCGAGUGACUGGAAGAAAUACGCAGGAUUUUACUGAAGGACAGGAACCUUAACCUCAAAACUAAUAAGCGAGCACAAAUAAAUCAAGUCAAUGUACAAUAGCUAGUAAAAAACAAUAUUGGAUGCCACUAUUUUUAAGGUAGACGCUACUGUCAAAAUACUUUUAACAACUGUUGGUGAGUGUGUCUCUUUAAACACUAUGCUUUGAAGUUUUAUUGCAAAAGGGGUGGGGUGAAAUGGAUGCAGUAGUUGCUCUAUGUCAUUUCUGUGAACAACAUGGUCCAUCAGUUGUUAUGUGUACUCAACCCUUUAGGCAAACACAACAAUCAAAGUUAUCAGUGAUCAGUUCACAAAGUGGUGGUGGUGGUGCUGUAUUCACUGAUCCCCAAUCUGUGGAUAUUAAUUCAUAUCAAAGAAAUUUACCCAAUUUAAUGUUUCAAAAUCAUACGAGUGGCGCUGAUACAAUCCCAACAGGGUCAUCAGAUGUCUCAGCUAUCAUCUUGCCUUCAUCUACCUCGAGAUUUUCAGUAACAGCAGCACCAAGUGGAAGCAUGUCAUCGCAUUCUUCUUCCCUUCAACAACAACAGUCCUCGCAACAUCCGACUUGUAAAGCAUGCUCUUCUGUUAUGUUACGUGAUGAACCAGGGAUAAUAAGUCAUGAUCAGGCGGCAAAUACUUCAUACAUUUCCACGCAGUUCAUCAAAGAUGCUGAUUUGAAUACGUAUGUGCGUAACGCCUGUUUACGAAGUCUUUCUUGCGAGGUAUGUCCUGGACAAGUUGGUGUCUUCUAUUUCGGUGAUGAGACAAAUGGUCAUGUGUUUAGUUAUAAUUUCUCACUGAAUGAUUCACGUGCUCGAGGAAAUCAAAGUCGUUAUAGUAUACUAAUUGUAUCGUGGAAUAAAAUAUAUUUGCUGAAUUUGUGGUCAUUUUUAAUAUCUAAUAUAUCUCGUAUGGUAUCUCGAUUGCGUUUAUCAGCCAAUAAAGUGUUCAAUGAUGAAAUAUCCAACAAUGCUGUCGUCACCUCAACAGGUACAAAUCAAUGUCGCACAUCUACUGCAACAACAACCUCGGCAACUACAGCUCCCUUAAGACGAUGUGCUACCCCACCGGCAGCUUUAGCUCCUGUACUCUAUGGUCAGGCGAUAGCCGCAGGGAAUGCAGUCGCGGCGACAAAUUCUAAUUUCUAUCCCCAUCAUCAUUCAACUCUGGGUAGAGAAACACGACAGAAAAGAGCUACCGAUUCAGAUAUGCGUUCAUUAGCUGAUCUGACGAAAGAUGAUCAGAUAUUUUAUCGUAUUCAUGCAUGGUUCACUUGGUUACUUCGUGCUGGUGGUCGUCGUUGGAGUGUGUUGCCGUCAGUGAUCGCCCCACCGGAAGAUGAAGAUACCUUGAUAAUGCAAGAGGAACAUGAAGCUCUUCUGACAGCUGGUGUUGACCAUUUGAUGUCAUCAAUGAAUUUAUCCAAUCCAGUUAUAAGUAAUACUAUUACUCCUAGUAUUUCUAGCGCCAAUAAUGCUCCUAAUGCUGCCAAUAUAAAUAAUAUCAAUAGUAGUAGUAAUAAUAAUAUUAGUGUUACCACUGCUUCAAGUUGUAAACAAUCAAUGAGUCAUUCUAGUAGUUCAACUCUGUUAUUCAAACCGUCAAUAUCGCCAGACAACAGUUCAUCCAACCUGGUGGAAGAUAUAACAACACUGGAUUUCAGUUGUCUAUCGUCUGAAAUGGAGAAUUCUAUUUCUUUAUUAAUUUUAUCAAGACUAUAUCAUGUACUUGGUGUUAUACCAUUCAGUCGGCUUGUUCAACAUAUAGCAAUCGGUAAUCAAAUUGUUGUUCAACCUUUGGAUGAGGAUAUCAAUGCUACAUUGACAUUAUCUGCAUUGGCUAAACUAUUACCUAGAGGAUGUAUUAGACAGGUUUUAGCAAAUCACGAAUACUUGCCUCCGUUUCGUUGUAAUCUGUUAAGUUUAUCACUUCAUACGGCUUCAUGUACAUCGUCAUCCACUGGAUACAACGAUGGUCAAGAAGGCGGUGAUAUGCCAUCGACGACGACGACUGCCAAUGAACAUGUUUUAUACUUAGCUGUUUAUCGUUAUCGGUACGGCUGUCACAAUUCGUCGAGUAUAACAUCGUCAGGAGGCGGUCAAAGUGAAAAUGAUGAGCAAUUAUAUCGUACGCAGUGUUAUGUGGAUUCGUUGUACUUCCGAUUAAGUCCUACCUUACCUUCUCUGGAUCCAGAGAUUGUAUCGUUUAAACAAACAUUGUUGAGCCAACUGAAACCUGGUAUGAAUAAAACUGUAUCGUUGGACAUUGUAAAUCUUCCCUCGGUUAUUCCCUCUGGUAUCGGGGCUGUUGUCAGUGUUGGUGGUGGUGGUGGUGGAGUUCGUCAUCUAUUACCCUCACCGAUUUCAUUUAGUGGUGGUGGACGUUUCCAAGUGUCAAGUUAUGUUGAUCAGAUCAUAAAAUUGCUCAGCAUCAAUCCCCCACUACCAAUUGAUGUUUAUGAGGUGGCUUUAAACACUGUCAAACAUGACUGGAUCAAUCGGGCAAGAUUGUUAUAUUCAUUUAAACGAUGCCAAGGUCCAUCUCUUAGCGGUGAUGAAGCAACUCGUCGAUGGGCAGGCGUCCUCGCAUCAAUAGGCUGUGCAUCGCCAGAAAAUGCAGCUGUCGCUAGAUUUUGGCAAGGUGCACUUAGCCAACAUUCACGGAAUCACCACGUGUGUCAUUUACGUAAACGUCCAACAACGACAACGUCCAGUUCAACGACAACCUCACGACGUGGUUCAUUCUGUUCAAGUAAUGUUGAUUUGAGUGCGUUAUUUGCUGCGGCGACGAAUAUAUCGAACUCUUCCUCCAUAAUGACAGCUACCACAUUCAGCGAGUAAACGAAUAAACAAAUAAUUCGGCUGUGGUGAGAAGGCGCUUUUCGAAUUCAAUUUGAAAAGGAUACUCCUACUCAUCUCUGCUUCUCCUUGGCAUCUCGUGUGUUUUGAGAAAAAGAUCAUGUAUUGUUGCAUAUUUUUUCUAAAAUAUAUUCUGUCUUUCUUCUUUCCGAACAAUAUCCUAAAUCCGGUUAUUUAAUAGGCUCGAACACAUCAGUAACUUUGGAACUAACUAGAAAAUGUGUUAAAACAGCUAACUUGAAUAACCUCCUUGAGCAGACACCCUUUUUUUAGACUCCUACAUUUCUUUUAACACCUUUAUUUUGUGAAUACCAUAGUUAUUAACCUGUAUUAACUGUUUUUCUCUGAUUGUGGGUGUUUUCAAGGUCACUGGUGCAUUCCUCUCCCACCCCACCCCACAAAGUCAAUAUAGGCAGAUUCCAGCUCUUUUCUUGCGUCAGUUAGAUUCAUACUAGUUGAUUUCCUUUUGUGACAUUUAUUACGGGCGAAGGAGAGUAAACCAUGCAAAACAUCAACAAUAAAAAACCUCAAAAGAUGUGAGCUGAAAAUCGAAGAACUAGUAAAUCUUUUGAACUUGAGACAACAUCAUUUUUGUGUUCGUGCCAUUUUGAGCAUCUGUUCUUUCCAUGUGAUUGUCACACGCGAUUGACUGACUCACCGGUUAUAUCCCUUCGGUGUUUUCCACGCAUCAAUUGGAUUGUUGGAUGAGUAUUUUAUCUUUGCUGAUCCGUCUGUUUUGGUCGGUUCGACCGUUUGUUUUUUGGUUGUUGUGUACUGUGAUCAAGAGUGAGAGGUAUUUUCCGUAAGCGACGUUAAUAUGUCGUUUCUUUUUGUAUGUGGUCAAAUACACAUACCAUAUUGGGGAGUGACCGGGAUUUAGUUCUGAAUUACGAGAACAAAUAAUUUUUCCAUCAAGUACUGGUGAUUGUUCACUGUGACAGAUUUUUUGGAUCACUUGCUUGUGAUAAUUAUUAUUGUCCCUGAGUCACUGUGUUACUCUUACGGCUUACCGACUUCAAAUGAAGGUUUUACCGCAGUCCAUUAAGAGGUAGAGGGGCUCUGUGUUGGGUAGGGAGUUUUAGGGGAAUGCUUCUGAUUUGAUGGAUUGAUUCAUUUAUCUCUGGACUUUCCUUGUAGAUUGUUGAAAACAUACUUUAUCUUAUCUUAUAUACACAUUCGUAAACAUCCUUCUCCUUCUUGGUGUAUCUUUUGUGUUAAAAUGUUAGGGCGUGUCUUUUGACAACAUUACAGUGCUAUUGACUUUUGAACAAAUUAUGUAUUAUUGGAUUUAAGACAAAAAGCUUUGUAUGUAAAUAAAGAUUUUGGUAUUUG